AGGCAGUGAAAAGGGCAGAGGGGCGAUCAGGCAGCUAACUUCAGCCUGGAGAGAUGGAGAAGCCCCUUACGUUCAGACAGACGUCCAGCUUUUAAUCUGACUUAACCAGCAACAAUAGCCUUUCACUGCCAGGAAUUGCUACAAUUGGAAUUUAUUGGAAAUGACCCCUGGGGGCCUCUACGGUGGUUGGACCCUCCUUUUCUUGCUUCUGGCACCCCUUUUCUGCCAUCCGUGCCCCAUUCCUUGUGAAUGUUCGGAGGCAGCUCGUACAGUGAAGUGUGUCCAGAAGGAACUGACCUCCAUCCCAACUGGCAUUCCUGGGUACACCCGCAAUCUCUUUAUAACUGGCAACCAGAUUGCCCAUGUUGGUAGCCAAGAUCUCCAAGGACUUCACAAUCUGGUCACACUCUCCUUGGCUAACAACAGGAUUAAUGCUGUGGAGUCCCAUGCCUUCUCUAAUCUCCGGAGUCUGCGCUACUUGGACUUGAGUUAUAACCACUUAGUCACCAUCCACCCUGAUGCCUUCAGUGCUAGAAACAAUUCAGUCCAGGAGUUGAAUCUCAGUCACUCACUAUACAACUUCUCUGCCAUCCGCCCGGUGGCAGCUGCCCUUGCCCACGGGGGUUUCCAGAAUCUCUCCAAGCUUGAACUCACCAGCAACAAGAUCAUUUAUUUGCCACUAGGAAUGUUGUCCAGCCUCUCUAAACUUGAGUACUUAGACUUGAGGAACAAUUCCUUGAUCGAUAUUAAGAACUCUACCUUUUCUGGACUUCACCUUAAGUACCUUGAUUUGACCUCAAAUGCCUUCAAAACUUUGAGGAGUGAAGCUUUGUUUGCCCUGGAAAGACAAUCCUACCUUAGUCUCUUUCUGAAAGACAACCCUUUUGUAUGCAAUUGUGACAUUGAGGACCUGGUCAACUGGCUGAACCAAAGCCGGCAAGUAGUAGAUGUAGAAAAACUAGCCUGCAUUUCCCCCCAGGAUUUGAGGAACACCUCCUUGGUAGAACUAGUGGGAACAGAUCUGGAGUGUCACUACAGUCAACAUAGUGAAAAUGUUCUUCAGUCCUCAUAUGCUGCACUGGGUAUCGUUCUGGGGAUAAUUGGCAUCAUCUUCCUUUUUGUGCUUUAUCUGAAUCGUAAGGGCAUCAAGACCUGGAUGAACGGUCUACGGGACGCUUGCCAGAACCUGAUGGAGGAGUACCACUAUCGUUAUGAAAUAGAUUCUGAUCGCCACAUCACACAAAUUUCGGCAGUGGACAUAUGACCUCAGUCUUUUCUUUGCAGUGGCAUCUUUCUUUCAAACACGGCCUGUGGCUUGCAGAUGUCCUUUCCAUCAAAAACUAAACUUUAAAGAAUUGAUGUAUAGAUUAAACUCUGUAUGGAUUCAAGGAAUUUCCUUUCUUAGCACAAGGAAUUUCUCUAGGACAGUGGUUCUCAACCUGUGGGUCGGGACCCCAUUUGGGGUCGAGCGACCAUUUCACAGGGGUCACCAAACAAGGCUGUCUGCCAUUUUUUCCCCCUUUUCCUUAGCUGUGCUACUCCCUUUUAUUCUAUUGGCUUUUGAAAGACAAUAGAAUAGACUCUAUUCAAGACGCUCUAGUCUAGGAGAUUUGACUAACGGGGGACAAAAGAUUGCAUUCUUAGUGCCAGUCUUGUAAACGUGAGGGGUAGGCAAGUCAAAAUCCUAAUCUGUUCAAAUAUUUAGAUUCCUAGAAGAAUAGGUGUCCUGGAUUCUUGCAGUCAACCUUAACUAGGAGAAAUUUAUUUUGUUCUAUAUCAACAAGACCAUUUAUGUAGCUUGCUUGUGGAGGAAACCGGUUCCUUAAAUUACAGUGGGACUUUGGCUUGUCACAUAUUCUGCACUCUAGACCAGGGUUUCUCAUCCUGGACCACUUUAAGAUGUGUGGACUACAACUCCCAGAAUUCUGAGAGUUGCAGAUCAUACAUCUUACGGCCCAGGUUGAGAAAUCUUGCUCUAAGCAGACAGAUGAAACAUUAUGUGAAGAAAGAACAAUAGUGUGCAAAUGAUUCUGAUCUUCUGAUAGAAGAGGUGGAAUAGCAGUAGAUUAAGAAAAGGCAGAUGUAAUCGUGACUUCCUUGUCUCCUCUUCCCGGGAGCAGGACUUUCCUGUUGUGAUAUCAAGAACCUUGACAGUCCACCCAAGUGUUGACUUACAGGCAGGAAGAAACAAAAGCAAAGUUUAUCCUUCAGAAAUGAUAUCUCUCUGAUUGGGGGUCAACAGCAAGAGAGAUGGUUGAAACCAAGUCCUGCUUAUGAGCAUCUCAAAUGAAUCUGACUUGUCAUUACUGUACAGGGAUCAAAGUGCUUGACUUACUAUAUAUCAAUAUGUUCAGCAGGACCCUUCCUGUGUGAAACUCACCAGCUUGAUUCACAAGCAUACUGAGAUCUGGCUUACUUCUCUCGUAUGGCUUAUGGCCUAUGUGAAUAAGCCAAUGUGAUUUUACAACUAUAGACUAUGAUUUUAUAUGAAUAUGUUGUGUGAGCACACCCAAGUGUGUGUGUGUGUGUGUUUAGUAAAUCACAGUUAAGUAAACUACAAGUUAGCAUGUAUGGGAACACUCACUGCCUUAAUUCAAAAGUAUAUGCGUCUUGGCAUUUGUGACAAGAGAAGGAAUGUGUAUUAAGUUAGAAAUUUGUUGUGCUUAAUUCAUUCAAUAUAUUCCACUGAAUUAAAUUAACAGGCUGGAGAGUUAAAAGGAUGACUCUGUGUGCAUGUACUUUAAUGGGUAUAGCAUAAGCUGGGAAGAUGGAUCGUUGGGGAAUUCUGGGAGUUGAAGUCCACACAUCUUAAAGUUGUUGAGGUUGAAAAACACUGGCUAUUGUUUUGUGAAGUAUGCAAAGGGCAAGAACAUUUACUAAAGUCCAGAAUCCAAGUUGAUAAAAUAAGUAGCCACAAUUUGGAGGCCCAGUUACGGAAUUCAAAUGCAAGUAUAACUUAAGCAUGCAGUUGGUGAAUUAAUAGAAACUAAAAUCUCUAAACCACAUUUUGUUCAGUCUUAGGAAAAUAUAACAUGUGGGCAGGCAUCAGCUCUAGAGUUCAGUAUGUUACAUUUUCUUCUCUAACUCCCAAGGCUGCCAAGCAUCUGGUACAACAUGAUGUUUUAUUGUAUUAAAAAAAAUGUCAUAGUAAAAACAAUUUUUAACCCAA